UCAGAUGCUCGUCGGCACUUGGCGCGUGCAGUUCUGUUCACUCGGCAUAAAAAUCCCCGGGAGUCGUUUAAUAACAAAAUCGUUCUAAAAUUAAACAUUUCGCCGAGACACUGAGAGAAAAUAUCGCAUGGUGGCCAUUGUGCGAUAUAUAAGUCGCACUUGCGCAGUGUUUUAGGCACCGCAUUCAGUGAUAAACGCUGUCCCGCAGAAAGUGAUAAGGGAGCGGUACCAACUUCCGCCCGCGAAAGGCACUUAUCGUCGCGUUUUGGCUGCGCCUCAAACAGUUGUUGAAACCACGUCCAUCUGGUGAGAAGUGCGUGAGAUUACCCCGAAAUGCGAGUGCCGCUGCUCCUGCUGCAGCUGCUCGGCCUGCUCCUCCUCUCCGGCGGAGUCACGGCCGCCUACUGCCCCUCCGGAUGCACCUGCCUGGAGCGCACCGUGCGCUGCAUCCGCGCCAAACUAACCACCGUGCCCCAGGUUCCGAAGGAUACCCAAACGCUGGAUUUGCGUUUCAAUCACAUCGAGGAGCUGCCGGCCAACGCGUUCAGUGGUCUCGCCCAGCUGACGACGCUCUUCCUGAACGAGAACGAGCUGGCUUACCUGCAGGAUGGGGCCCUCAACGGACUGACGGCGCUGAGGUUCCUCUAUCUGAACAAUAAUCGCCUAAGCCGCUUACCCGCGGCCAUCUUCCAGCGGAUGCCACGCCUGGAGGAGGUUUUCCUGGAGAACAAUGACAUUUGGCAGCUGCCCGCCGGCCUCUUUGACAACUUGCCGCGCCUGAGCCGUCUUUUCAUGAGCAACAAUAAGCUGUCCCAACUGCCUGUGGACAUCUUUAAUCGGCUGAACAGUCUGAAGCGUCUGCGACUGGACGGCAAUGCCAUCGACUGCAAUUGCGGUGUCUAUUCGCUCUGGCGCCGCUGGCACCUGUAUGUCCAACGCCAACUGGUGGCCAUCUCGCUCACCUGUGCCGCUCCUCAGGCCCUCCAGAAUCAGGGCUUUUUCAGCCUGGGAGAACAUCAGUUCAAGUGCGCCAAGCCGCAGUUCCUGGUGGCUCCCCAAGACGGCCAAGCCGCCGAAGGCGAUCAGGCGGAGCUGAGCUGCGAGGUCACCGGCCUGCCACGCCCCCAGGUCACGUGGAUGCGCAACACCCAGGAGGUGGUGGUCGGUGGCGAGGAGCAGGCGCGGGUGGAGAUCCUGCCCAGCGGCAGUCUGCUCAUCCGGAGCGCAGAUGAGGGGGACAUGGGCAUCUACCAGUGCAUCGCUCGCAAUGAGAUGGGCGAACUGCGCUCCCAGCCGGUCCGCUUCUCCGUUUAUCCCACUGCACCACCGCGCGACUUCCUCCUCGAUGCCCGCAGCAAUCAGGUGUGGGUGGACACAACACCACCGGGGAGUGCAAACACACCAACGCCAUCGCCACCGCACUUCACACACCAGCCACACGACCAAAUUGUGGCCCUCCACGGCUCCGGCCACGUGCUCCUCGACUGCGCCGCCUCCGGCUGGCCACAGCCGGACCUACAAUGGUUCGUCAAUGGGCGCCAGCUCUCCCAGUCGACCCCCAGCCUCCAGCUCCAGGCCAAUGGCAGCCUCGUCCUGCUGCAGCCCACCCAACUCUCUGCCGGCACGUAUCGCUGCGAGGCUCACAACUCUUUGGGCAGCGUCCAGGCCUCCGCCCGCAUCGAACUAAAGGAAUUGCCCGAAAUUUUAACAGCACCGCAAAGCCAAACAAUCAAACUGGGCAAGGCCUUUGUGCUGGAGUGCGAUGCCGAUGGCAAUCCGCUGCCCACCAUCGACUGGCAAUUCAACGGCAAGGCUCUUGCGGGGAAUACCCCCGAUCUGCUCUUGGAGAACGAGAACACCGAACUGGUGGUCAGUGCCGCCCGCCAGGAGCAUGCCGGUGUCUAUCGCUGCACGGCGCGCAAUGAAAACGGAGAGACGAGCGUGGAGGCCACCAUUAAAGUGGAACGCUCGCAGUCGCCCCCACAUCUCGCCAUCGAGCCGACCAAUUUGGUGGCCAUUACGGGCACCACCAUCGAGCUGCCCUGCCAGGUGGAUCAACCCGAGGACGGACUGCAGAUUACGUGGCGCCGCGAUGGCCGGCUCAUUGAUCCGAAUGUGCAGCUGACGGAGAAAUAUCAAAUAAGCGGCGCCGGCAGUCUCUUCGUGAAGAAUGUGACUUUCCCGGAUGGAGGACGAUACGAGUGCCAGGUGAAGAACCAGUUUGGCAGGGCCUCCGCCUCCGCACUGGUUACCAUCAGAAACAAUGUGGACCUGGCUCCAGGAGAUCGCUAUGUGCGCAUAGCCUUUGCAGAGGCGGCCAAGGAGAUUGACCUGGCCAUCAACAACACCCUGGACAUGCUAUUCUCCAAUCGAUCCAAUAAAGCUCCUCCGAAUUAUGGUGAUCUACUGCGGGUCUUCCGCUUUCCAACUGGAGAAGCCAGGCAACUGGCCCGUGCAGCGGAGAUUUACGAAAGGACUCUGGUGAAUAUCCGAAAACAUGUCCAGCAGGGAGACAAUCUGACCAUGAAGAGCGAGGAGUACGAGUUCAGGGAUCUGUUAUCCAGGGAGCACUUGCACUUAGUGGCCGAGCUGUCGGGUUGCAUGGAGCACCGUGAGUCGCCCAACUGUACGGAUAUUUGUUUCCAUUCGCGAUACCGCAGUAUCGAUGGCACCUGCAAUAACCUGCAACAUCCCACCUGGGGAGCUUCGCUCACUGCCUUCCGGAGAUUGGCGCCUCCCAUUUACGAGAAUGGCUUCAGUAUGCCCGUGGGCUGGACCAAGGGCAUGUUGUACUCUGGUCAUGCCAAACCCAGUGCCCGAUUGGUAUCCACUUCUAUAGUUGCCACCAAAGAGAUCACCCCGGAUGCCAGGAUUACCCACAUGGUGAUGCAGUGGGGUCAGUUCCUGGAUCACGACCUGGACCACGCCAUUCCCUCGGUGAGUUCGGAGAGCUGGGAUGGCAUCGAUUGCAAGAAGAGCUGCGAGAUGGCUCCACCCUGCUAUCCCAUCGAAGUGCCACCAAAUGAUCCUCGUGUUCGCAAUCGGCGCUGCAUUGACUUGGUGCGAUCCAGUUCGAUUUGUGGCUCCGGAAUGACCUCCCUCUUCUUCGACAGCGUUCAACAUCGCGAGCAGAUCAAUCAACUGACCUCCUACAUCGAUGCAUCGCAGAUUUAUGGCUACAGUACUCCAUUCGCCCAGGAACUGAGGAAUCUGUCUGCCCCAGAGGGUUUGCUUCGGGUGGGAGUUCACUUCCCGCGGCAGAAGGACAUGCUGCCCUUCGCUGCUCCUCAGGAUGGAAUGGAUUGCCGCAGGAAUCUCGACGAGAACACCAUGAGUUGCUUUGUCUCCGGGGACAUUCGUGUGAAUGAGCAAGUGGGUCUUCUAGCUAUGCACACCAUUUGGAUGAGGGAACACAAUAGGAUAGCCAGGAAACUGAAAGAGAUCAAUGCCCAUUGGGAUGGGGACACUCUGUACCAAGAAUCCCGCAAGAUAGUGGGCGCCCAGAUGCAGCACAUUACCUUUAAGCAGUGGUUGCCCCUGAUCAUUGGAGAAAGUGGCAUCAAGAUGAUGGGCGAGUACCAGGGUUACAAUCCCCAACUGAAUCCCAGCAUAGCCAAUGAGUUUGCCACGGCUGCCCUGCGAUUUGGACACACCAUUAUCAAUCCCAUACUCCAUCGCUUGAAUGAGACCUUCCAGCCCAUUCCCCAGGGUCACCUGCUCCUCCACAAGGCCUUCUUUGCUCCAUGGCGUUUGGCCUACGAGGGUGGGGUUGAUCCAUUGAUGAGGGGUUUCCUGGCAGUGCCUGCUAAGCUGAAAACCCCGGAUCAGAACCUCAACACGGAGCUCACAGAGAAGCUAUUCCAGACUGCCCAUGCUGUGGCCCUCGAUCUGGCUGCCAUCAACAUCCAGAGGGGUAGGGAUCACGGAAUGCCUGGCUACAAUGUCUACAGGAAGUUAUGCAACCUCACAGUGGCCCAGGACUUUGAGGAUCUAGCUGGUGAGAUUAGUAAUGCUGAGAUACGCCAGAAGAUGAAGGAUCUGUACGGACAUCCAGACAACGUCGAUGUUUGGUUGGGUGGCAUCCUGGAAGAUCAGGUGGAAGGUGGCAAGGUGGGUCCUCUAUUCCAGUGCCUGCUAGUUGAGCAAUUCAGACGCCUGCGAGAUGGCGAUCGCUUGUACUACGAGAAUCCUGGUGUCUUCUCCCACGAGCAAUUAGUCCAAAUCAAGCAGGCCAACUUUGGUCGAGUGCUCUGCGAUGUGGGUGACAACUUCGACCAGGUCACCGAGAACGUGUUCAUUCUGGCCAAGCACCAGGGUGGCUACAAGAAGUGCGAGGACAUAGCUGGCAUCAAUCUCUAUCUGUGGCAGGAGUGUGGCAGAUGCAAUAGUCCACCGGCCAUUUUCGAUUCCUACAUACCCCAGACUUACACCAAGAGGAGCAGCAGAAAUAAGAGAGAUCUGCGCAAGGAAGACGAGGAGGUGGCCACCGCCGAAAGCUAUGACAGUCCCCUCGAGUCCCUUUACGAUGUCAAUGAAGAAAGGGUCAGUGGUCUGGAGGAGCUGAUUGGCAGCUUCCAGAAGGAGUUGAAGAAGCUGCACAAGAAGGUGCGCAAACUGGAGGACUCGUGCAAUUCCGCUGACUCCGAACCAGUGGCCCAGGUGGUUCAACUGGCGCCGGCGGCACCGGUUCAGGUGGUGUCCAAGCCCAAGAGGAGCCACUGCGUCGACGACAAGGGCACUACCCGGCUGAACAACGAAGUGUGGUCGCCGGAUGUCUGCACCAAGUGCAAUUGCUUCCACGGACAGGUCAACUGCCUGAGGGAGCGGUGCGGCGAGGUCAGCUGUCCGCCGGGAGUGGAUCCACUGACGCCUCCGGAGGCCUGCUGCCCCCACUGCCCGCUGGUCAAGUGAACGGCUCAGCCGAAGAAUUAAGCAUAUCGAUGUACACGUUUAUCCGUAGUAGCCACUCACUCACUCUAAUCAAAACCAAAAAAACACACCGGCAAUUGCGCAAUGAGCAUGUUUAAUUGACAAUUAACUAACAAUGUACUGCUACACAUGUAAUAAAAUAAAGCACAUUAAUAUCCCAUACAAAA